AUGCCAGAGCUGGUGCCAAGCCAAAGCAGCUGUCAAGAUCCGAGAGCGGGCCGGGCAUUCUGCACGCGCUCAGAGACCCUCUCGCCCUGCGCCGGUGCUCUACCCCUUCCCCUUCAACCACCCCGGCGGCGGCGACCACAUCGAGCUUUCUCGGCGGAGAAGAGGCGGGAGGGUAGCCGGGAAGCAGAGGUGGGGGCUCCGCCCGGAUGCCCCCCGCCCUCGGCCCCCCGCCCAGGCGAGGCUGCGGCGGGAUCCGCCUUCCUUCCGGAGCGGCGGCGGCGGCGGCUGCAGCAGCAGGAGCAGAGCGCGGCGAGGCGUCGCGUCGCGUUUGCAGCUCCAGCGCGCCCGGACCAUGGAGGGCUCGCCGCUGCCGCCACCAGGGGAGGAGGAGGCGGCGGCAACAGCCCGAGCCGGAGCCGGGAGGAGCCCCAGCGCAGCCGGGCAGCGCUAGCCGCCGCGGCGCCGCCGCAAAGCAGCCGAGCCCGGUCCCUGCCCGCCUGCCAGGCGCUGCGCUCCGGCCGCCACUGCCACCGCCGCGCGUCUCCAUUGCGCGCAGCAUCUGCAGCCGCCGCCGCAGGAGGAGGAGAAGGCGACACCCCACCUCAGCGCCCGCCCGGGACCCGAUCCGAGCCGGCGGGGAUGCGCGGGCUCUGA